AUGCCACUCCUCGCGGUGGCACUUUUCACCAUCAUCCCCUGGGCCCUGUACUUCAACAUUUCCAGUUCUGCAGCCAGAGACGCCCACAAAGUCACAGAGAUCCCAACGGUGACGAGGCCACGACUGCUAGAUGCGUACCGAUCCGGCGUCUGGUGGAGGAUCUUCCUCCCCCGGCUCGUUCCGUACCUCGAAGAAGGAUACUACAAGUACUGCAAGAAUGGCCAGCCGUUCCGGAUCUGGCUCUCCGGCUUCCAAGACUACGCGUAUAUCCUGCCAGAGAAAUACCUGGAGCGGAUCAAGAACGCGCCGCCGACGGAGGUCAGCUUUACAGCGGUUGUCAAUACAGUGAGUCUGCACAGCAGUGAUAGACCUGCCAAACACGGUCCUGACAAGCAGCAGUAUUUCUACGUGGGCCUUCCCACCGGGGAAAUCAACAACCUCAUCGUCCAAGUGGUGUCCAAGCUCAUGAACAGUAACCUAGCAACAAUCAAACCAAUCGUGCACGGCGCAACCGCCAAAGCCCUAGACCGCAGCAUCGGGCGCCCGCCGCACUGGAAAAAGAUCAACGCAUUCGAGCUCGCGCUGAAAACAGCACAGGGCCCCGGCGCCCGCAUCCUCUACGGCGAAACCCUAUCCAACAACGCGGGCUUCGUCGCCGGCGUCUCGCGCUACGUCGCCAACAUCCUCGCCUACGCCUUCACGCUGCGCUUCAUCUCGUUCGGCCCGCUGAAAAACACCAUCCUCUACCUGAUCCACUGGCGGCACCGCCGGUCCCUCCCGGCCGUCGUGACGCCGCUGAACGACGAGAUCGCCGAGCGCAAGCGCCGCCAGGCGUCUGGGCUCGCCGACGACGAGAAACCGUUUGAUUGCGUGCAGUGGGCGAUGGACCAGGAUGUGCCGGAGGAGGAUAAGAAGGGCGAAGACAUUGCGCGUCGUCUUGUUGCUGUUGCGGCGGGGUCGAUUGAGACGCUGGCGAGUGUACUGGUCAAGCUGCUUGUUCAGCUUGCCGCGCAUCCGGAGUGCCAUGCGGAGAUCCGGGGGGAGAUUGUGCAGUGUCUGGGGGAGGAGAACGACGGCUGGACGGUCAAGGCGACGGGCAGGAUGCGCAGGCUGGAAUCGUUCAUCCAGGAGGCGCUGAGGGUCACUGCGGGGGUGAUGGCGAUGACAGGGCUGCGCGUCGUAACGGCCGACAACUUCCGCCUCGACAGGGACAUCGUCCUCCCCAGGAACGCGCUGCUUGCGUUCCCCACGCGCAGCAUCCUGCACGACGCAGAGAUCUUCCCUGAGCCUGAGACUUUCGACGCCUUCCGGUUCUACAAGAUCGCCAAGGCAAAGGAGGAGAAUGCAAGCGGUGAUCUGCGUUCAACCCACCGGGAUCUCCGCGCAGGCUGGCUCCAAUUCGGAUACGGGCGGCAGUCGUGUCCCGGGCGGUUCUAUGCGAUCAACGUGAUGAAGACGAUCCUGGGCGAGAUCAUCCUCCGAUACGAGAUCCGGCUUGCUGGGGGUGCGGCGCCGCCGGCAGCAGUCGAUAUCGAUAUCGACCCGCUUCUUCCGCCGAUUCGCUCGUUUGAUUUGGAAUUGAGAGCUCGUAGUUAG